UCGGAGUUGAAGGGGGUGGAGAGGAGCAGGGAGAAGUUGGAGAUGGAGCUCUUGUACAGCAGGGCUACGGUGAACGGGGAUCUCGGCUCCGACGGCGAGGAACUCCCCGAGGAUUCCAUCUACAAGGCGAGAUACGAACGGGCUCGCCGGGAACUGGAGUGGAUGCGGGGACGGCUGGAGCAGAAGCAUCAGGAGGAGGUGGAGGGAUUGGUGGGACUCAAGAAGCAGGUGGAGAAGAAGCUCCAGGAUGCCUACGAGGAGGUGGAGGAGCAGCGGGGGGUGGUGAGCCAGUGGAAGAGGAAGGCCGCGCGAUUCCAGGCGGAACUGGCGGACCUCAGGCAUCUCCUCGAGGAGCAGACGGCUCGGAAUAAUCUCCUGGAGAAGAAGCAUCGAAAAUUCGAUGGUGAGUUGGCGCUGGCGGUGGAGGAGGGGAAGGCGGAGCGGCGGGAGAAGGAGCGGAUUCAGCGGGAGAAGGAUCUCCUCACCGCGGAGAAAUUCGCCUUCGAACAACAGCUCAACGGGCUGAAGUUGGACCUCGAACUGAAAGAGGAGAAGCUGGAGACGAUGAAGAAGGAACUGGACGAACUCACGAGUUCCGGACGCGGGGACGAGGAGAUCACCUCCCUCAGGCGGACCAAGCACGAGAUGGAGCGAAAGCUCAAGGACCAGGAAGAGGAGCUGGACGAGCUGAGCGGGCAGGUGGGGCUCCUGGAGCAGGCCAAACUGCGACUCGAGAUGAGCAUCGAGAGCAUGAGGAAGGAGCAGCGGAAGGAGUUGCAGCUCAAGGACGAGGAGAUCGAGGAGUACCGGGCCGCGUCCCAGAAGAAGAUCAAAGCGAUGGAGUCUCAGCUGGAAGAGGAACACGAGGAGCGAACUCUCCUCGUUCGAGAGAAACACGACCUGGAACGGAAGCUCAUGGACGCUCAAGACAACGCCCGACAGGCGGGUAAUUCGGACAAGGUGACCCAGUUGAAGCGGGAGCUGAAGCGGACCCGGGCGCUGCUUAAGGACGCCCAGACGAUGCUGGAACGGGCCCAGAACGACGUCGGGAACAAGGCACUCCUCCGACAGCUGAAGAACCAGCUGGAGGAUGCCGAGUUCGGUCGCAUGGCCGCUCUCAAGUCCAAGCAGGGACUCGAGUUGGAGCUGAGCGAGGUCCAGAUCCAGAUGGAGGACGUGACGAGGGUUCGAAACGACCUGGAUUCCAAGCUCAGCGUCGUUCAGCGCGAAAAGAGCUCGCUGCAGACUCACUUGGAGGACGUGGAAGAAGAAAUGCAAGAAGUGAUGCGAAAGUACAAGGCGACGGUGUCUCAGGUGUCGAUGGACCAGAUGACGAUCAGCGAGCAGGCGAGCCAGCUCGCGUCCGCGGAACAGGAGAAGGGACUGCUGAAGGAGCAGCUGGCCGAGCUGCUCGCGAAGGUGGAGGUCUUGCAAGGCGACACCAUGGGCCAGCAGACGACGAAGAAGCUGGAGGUGCGGAUCAAGGAGCUGGAGAGCCGGCUGGAGUUGGAGGGAGCGACGCGGGCCCGACUGGAGGCGCAGAUCGCCCGGCUCAAGGAUUCGAUCGAGAGCCUGAGCGCGGAGGCGAGCGCGCUGCAGAGCAAGGAGCAGUUGUCGCAGGAGGCGACGCGGCGGGCCAACCGGCAACUCAGGGAUCUCAAGGAGGACUUCACGGGCCUUCAGGUCCGGGAGACCGAGGCGAGAUCGAAGAUCGAGGAGCUGACGGGGGAGAUCGAGCGGCUGGAGGAGGAGUGCGGGAGGACGAGGAGCGACCUGAAGCUGGCCCUGCAGAGGAUCGAAGACCUCACGGCCGCAAUGGAAGGCGGAGGCGAGUCCCUCGACUCGGACUCCGAUGCGGAACGCGACGAUCCGGAUAGUGACUCGAGCGAUGACAACUUCGAGACGUUCCUCUCGAAUCCCGGCAAAUCGGACGAAUUCAGUUUGAGUCCGGGGCACAUCGACCUGAGCAGGCUCACCCCGACGAAGGAGUCGGAAGCGUGAAGAGAGAUUCCUCCUUUCCUCUCCCUUUUUUUUUUCUCUCCUAUUAAUUGCCUUCUUCCUCAGCAUUUUGAUCAAAUGCCUGCCUGUGAUGAAGCGGACGAUUCCGAAGCCCGUGUCUCUCCCUCUUCCUCCAUCUACGAUUUUUUUUUCGCUUGUCUUGGACGCGGUAGCGAUGACGUCUUCUGUUCACUAGCUUGUGCAAAGGGCGAUUGCAAGUAAUAAAUAUGACUUUAUUGUGUCUUUCAUAUCCGGC